AUGAGAGAGAGGGGGAGAGCACACCAGAGCGUCACGUGGGCACGGCACCGAGCGCUGCUAAUCGGGAGCCCCCUCGAGCUCUGGGUCGCACCAAACUCUCCAGCUCGGGUGUCCCCCCAGCGCGCUCUCAUCGGGCUCCCUCCUCGCGCUCGUGGUCCCACAUCGCUCUCUUGCCCCCCCCAUCAAUCUCAAUCCGGGUUUCCCCGCGCGCUCGGGUGCCCCGCGCUCACGGGCGCCCACCGCGGCUCGCUGGUUUCACCCGCUCGAACGGACAGCAAGACCCUACUCUCGCUGGCGCCCCCCAUGACAACACCGCAGCGGGGACCCUCGGCAGCAGCCGCAGAAGGGGGACCAAGAAGAGAUCUGGGGGACCAGCGAGAUAAGUUGCGAACCAGAGGCGAGAUGGUGGAAAACCAGCCAGCUCGCUCAGGUCGCCCUCGCCCUCUCGCUGACGUUGUGGGCCCCAGCAUCAGCGAGGAAAGGCUAUCCAGAGCUCUCGUGGUGCCCCCCCGCAAUGCUCUGGGGGUGCCCAGCCACGGGAGCGAGGGCAGGGGGAACACCCCCAGAGAGAGAGGGGGGGGACCCAGACCAGCGCGAGAUCCCACGAGAGAGGAGCGGCAGGACCCCACCCCGCGGGGAGAGAACGACAGACAGGGAGACCCAAGAGGAGACCAGAUCCAAUGUGGCUCUCUUACUUGA